AUGUUUGACCGCGAGCGCGGCUGGAGCGUCUCCUUUGCCGGCUGCGGCUUCCUGGGCGUCUAUCACAUCGGGGCGGCCACCUGCCUGCAGGAGCGCGCCCCGCACCUCAUCCGCGAUGCCCGCAAGAUCUUCGGCGCCUCGGCCGGGGCCCUCGCCGGCGCCGUCCUGGUCGGAGGCGGCUCUCUGGCUGAAGCUUGUGCAGAUGUUCUGGGGUUAGCCAAAGAAGCCAGAAAGCGAAGUCUUGGUCCACUUCAUCCUUCUUUUAAUGUGAUUAAGAUAAUAAGAGAUGGACUAUUCAAAAACCUUCCAGAAAAUACUCACCAGUUGUCAGCAGGCAAGCUGUGUAUUUCCCUGACCAGAGUGUCAGAUGGCAAAAAUGUGUUGGUAUCUAAUUUUAACUCUAAAGAAGAAAUUGUUCAGGCUUUAAUUUGUAGCUCGUUUGUCCCUGUUUAUUGUGGCCUAAUUCCACCAUCAUUCAGAGGUGUGCGUUAUGUUGAUGGUGGAAUCAGUGACAACUUACCUCAGUAUGAAUCUAAGAAUACCAUCACGAUUUCUCCUUUCUCUGGGGAGUGCGAUAUUUGCCCAAAGGGGAACUCUGCAAACUUCCAUGAAAUGAAUGUUACUAAUACCAGCAUUCAGUUCAGCUUAGGGAACCUUUACCGUCUAACACAAGCACUCUUUCCACCAGAACCCAAGGUACUAGGAGAGAUCUGUGAACAAGGAUAUUCAGAUGCACUUAGAUUUUUGAAAGAAAAUGAUAUUCUUAACGAUUCAGUUUAUGUCGACUUGUCCUUAAAGAAAAACCCUCAGGAACUCAUAGAGGACACUGACUUUACAAACAAGAAAACUAUUCCACAGAGGAAGGGCACAGAGGAGAUGUUGAAGACAAAAAUGCUUAAUAACCAGCUAAAGCUAAACACAUGGCCAUUGGAUGAAAGAAUUUUUGAGCAUCUACCUCCUAGACUUCGUAAAGCAUUACAAGAAGCUUGUAAAGAGAAGAGCGGGUUCUAUGCCCAGCUCUCUAAACUCUUACCAAUGCGAGUGAUGUCUUAUCUGAUACUGCCAUAUACCCUGCCAGUGGAGUCUGCCUAUUCUGUUGCUUUAAGGUUAGUAGACUGGUUUCCCGAUAUCCCUGAUGAUUUUCAAUGGAUGCAGGGACAACUACGUCGGAUUGUUAGUACAGUUUAUUCUCGGGCAAGAAAUAAGCUACUCAGUACAUCCAGUAAAGAGAGCUAUGCAUCACUAAGAAAAUGUCAGACUGUUCCACCUAAUGUAGAGUUCCAUUCUCCCUACUGCCAUUCUAAAGUGCCACACUCUGCUGCAGACCUUGAAGGUUGGCUCUGGGAUUUUCCAUACUGCACAGACUCAGCAGGGAAGGAAAUUUCUGUUGGUAUAAAGGGGCUCUCAGACUCUGAUUCUCAUCAUGUUUUCUUCAUGAAUUCUGAAGAAUCUGGCUUGGAAACGGAUUUUGACUCCUCCUCAGACAAGAGUUUCCAAACUACCUCAGAAGAUUAA